AUGAAGCUCGAUUUCUAUGAGUUGAGGCAAAGCACGCGCUCACUUGUCAUGCGAGCGCCAAAAAUGAAAAUUUUGCUACUUGUUAUGUUCGUGGGAGGCCUGCUAGGCGUUGGAGCUCAGGACAAUUUCGAGGAUGCUGACAAAUCCAAUGAGUACACGGACCAGGAGUUCGACUUGCGACACACUAUCCCAGGCGAGCCAGGCGUGGACUACCCAAUUCUGAGCACCGUUCCCAAGACCAGUUUUGUAUGUCAAGGACGUCACGAAGGUUACUAUGCGGACGUGGAGAGCCGUUGUCAGGCUUUUCGAAUUUGCGCUCACACCGCACGUUCGGCGCAGGGCUUUGGUUUUCUCUGUCCGAAUGGAACGCUUUUCAGUCAGAAGCAUUUCGUAUGCGAUUGGUAUCGCAAUGUUAACUGCGAUGAAUCGGAGCAGUACUAUGAAAAGAAUAUGGAAAGCACAGUCGGCAGCACACAUGACAUGAUGGAGCGAGUGCGCCAAAUGAUGGAGUAUCCUAUGAAAACCAUAACCAAGGCAUUGCAGCAGGGGCAAGGGGAGGCGCCUAUUUUGCAGUCGAAGCGCAUUCAUCAGUCGCUCAGUAAGGACUUGUCCCAUGAAAGUGGAGUGCUAAGCAAGCCUGCGGCUGUAAAGCCCAUUUCGGUUGAUCAAGUUCAGGUGACAUCGGAUGAGAAAUCGGCGCGCGGUGAGGCUGUAAAGAGCGAACCGUUAAGCAUCACAUCCGAAGGCGAUGACAUCUAUGUGAACAGCCUGGGCGAGCUGUCCUCUGAUCCUGGCAUCAAUUUCGAUCACACUAAUGCACACAUCAUCGCCGAAUAUCCGCGUGAGUAUCACUAUAAAAAGCAGAUGAACUUCGCGGAGCGCGUCAAUUCAGGCUUAAACGAGCUGAGCGAUUUGUCUAGCAACGGAAAUGAGAAUGAGGUUCUGGCACCGGAGUACAUUAAGCAAAUACGCAAUACCAACGAGGAGGCCACCCAGCUAGAUUUGGUAUCAAACAUCAAUAAUCUGCUUGAUGAAGUUUCUACAGAUUUGGAUCCAAGUGUUUCGGGAUAUCAGGCAAUGGCGCCACAAAAGGUGAAGCAACCUUUUAGGUUUCUGAGUCGCGGAUUUGCCACGCAGGGCAAGGGAACUACAUCGUAUGUGUAUAAUAGGCCAAAGCAGACGGAAAGUACGGUGAGAUUUACGCCAAAUGAAAUACCUAUUGAUACACACAAAGAUUCCGGCCACAAGCUAAAGCUUGGUGAAGACAAAUCCUCCACAACCAGUACAACGGAAGCAGCCCCGCACGAUGAUGAAUAUGUGGGCGAAUAUUUAUUAAUAGCACCCACAUUAUCUCCAGCCGAUGAAGCCGAGGCUGUGGCAUUUCAAAUAACAACAACACCAACACCUGAACCUGACUUAACAGAUGCUACGCCAGAAAUCUCAACUACAAUAGCAACAAACUCAGUGGUGGCGGUGCCUCUAGGACUGUUGGAGCCGCCGAUCUUGCCCAGCACUGACGAUAUCAACGAAUUUCCCGCCAUAGAAUCCAUAGGCCAAGCCGCAGCUUUGACAGCGGCCAUACCAGAGGAAGGCGUCAUUGGCUCGCAAGCUAAGGGCGUUGAGUUAAAUGAUCAGUCGGAAAAAGUGGAUGUUAAUCAGCAAGCGGAAAAAUUGUUGCUGGCUGGAGUUAAGUUAACUUCUCACGACGGCGAGACAAAUAAUUUAAGUGCUGAUGCAACGACAAUUCCUGUUGUGGCAGCGAUCAGCAGCACGCCAGCCAUGAGCACCUCAACAGAAACGGUUACGGAAAUCAGCAGCACGCAGGAGCGAAUUCGUGGCUAUCGACGUAACUCGCAGAAACAACGAGCAGGCGAAGCAGCAACGCUGAAGAGACAGCACCAUUCACAGCUCUACGAGCGCCGCACUAAUUUGCGACCCCUGGUUCGCAGCACGACACCACGCAGCACUACACCACGCACCACCACAACAACAACAACAAGUGUGGGCACAACACUAAAGCCCACACGCAGCUAUUUGGAGCGCUUGGCUGCCAGUCGCCUGCGUUUGUCGCGCCUAUCGGCUGCCACAAGACACACAACAUCAUCAACAAGCACAACAACGUCAACAUCAACUCCAAGUUCAACAUCAACUACAACAACAACCACACCCUCACCAUUGGCACAUGUUAGAGGCGGAGCUGACUCGGGUCCCAAUAAGAAGCUCACCGUACGCAAUAUUGAAAAGGACACAAGUUCUGUUAAUCUAUUGCAAAGCAGCGACUCCAAGGCCACCUGGGAAAGUGUUCAUAGCAAUUUACAACGGUUCCAGGUGCAGCGAGGCAAUCGCGUCUAUACGCCUGCCACACGUUCCACGCCUGCUAGUAAUACCACGCCCACUACAAUUCAGCACGCAAGUAGAUCUACGACUGAGGCGACGCCCGUCCGCAGCAGCGCCAACCGAGGUCGCAAUCGCUACAACAGCUACAAGACGCAAGUACAACGUACCCGUGGCACCACCACUCCACGCACCACUAGCAGAACGACAGCAGCAACAACAACAACCACACCAGUAACACCCCAACGAACAACGCCCACAGCAUUGUCAACGCUGGCGCAGCAAAUUUCAGCUUUAGCAUCCAACUACAAUCAUGGCUAUAGCUACACGGCCACGUCAGUCACGCAGGCGCCCAGAAGGCAGCCAAAUGCAGCCCAAAUCAAUAAUAGCAACAACAUCCACAUCAAUGACAACACACACAACACACCAGCACAAACAUUCGCAGCUCCCAUAGUGAGCGGCACUCAAGACUCAUCCUCCGCUUUCCUUCCCUUUGAUAAGUUAACGCGUGCCAUUGUUGACGAUUCCAACUUGCAGAAUUUUAAAGUAACCCACACCAAGGCAACCCCAUCACGCGGUCCUUCAACGUACCAAGCUGGCAGACCGCAGCAGCGUGUGGCGAAGCCAUCAGUGGACAGAAUUGCAGCGGCAACGGUGACCAACAGCUACAGUUAUCUGAAGCCCGUAGCACCAGUCGCAGCAGAAGUUCCUCAAGUUAAGCCACCGGGCAUCGUAAUUGCCCGCGCCGAGGGUCAACGCAUUCAGCCCAAUUCGGUCAGCAACGUUAUAUCGUCCCUGGUUAGACAGCCACAGGUGAAGGUCACGCAGAGCAGCUCGUAUGUGUCUCUCAACGACUUCCUAAACAAUAAAUUCAGAGAUGCAGGUGCAGCAGCAACAUUACAGCAGCAGCAGCAGCAGCAACACCAACAGCAACAGCAGCAACACCAACAGCAACAGCAGCAACACCAACAGCUACAGCAACAGCAGCCACUGCAGCAGCAGCAACAACAACAGUUAAGUUUUAUAGCUCAGCAAUAUCAGCAACAUCAGCAAUAUUUCCAUCAGGCUCAGCAGCGGCCGACGAUACAAUCGAUUCAACAGCCCUAUUUAACGCCAAACAUUUUUGUGCCUUAUCAACAGCAACAGCAACUAUUGCCACAGUUUCCACCGCUGACACAGGUAGCAGCUGAGCCAGCAACAUAUUCGGUGAUCGGUAACUCCCGAACCCAAAACACUGAUCGUCAUCUGAAUGUGCAGCUGCCGGCAUUAGCGAAUGGACUGAUCCCGGCACCCACACUCCAGGUGGCUCAGAGACGCAGCGAUCCAAACAUCGCCCAAUUGAAGUUGGGAAGCAGGGCAGAUAAGGGUCGUGAAACCGAUUUCUACCGUGGCGCCACUUCUUACGAAGUCGCCCAAAACAGUGUCGGUCGACUGCCCAACGAUAUUACGCAUCAGAUGCGACGACGUGUACGCCAUUAUUGA